AUGUCAAUAAUUAAGUUUGGUGGAAAUUGAGUGAAAAUGUUGUUUUUCUGUCUGUAAAUAAAAUAAAGUUCUCGUCUUUCUGAAUACAAAUAGGUUUCUUGAUCAAAUUUAAGAGUGGAAAAGAAAUAUAAAAAUGGAUGAAGACAUAAAAUCUAAUCUGAAACUUGUGGUUGAAAGUUCUAUGCUACGAAAACUGUCUAAAAGUGUAGAGGAAUCCGAUACACAUUAUGAAUUUACUAUUCGGCAACAACACUUGUCCACAAACAUUUCAGCGUUGCAGGAAUUAUUCAAAACUGUAGAUCUGAAAGACAAUAGCAAUUUAUCAAAUGACAUACUAUCUUCACUAAUUUUGUUGUCUAAAGAAUUACAAAGCAAAGGAGAGUGGAAUACUGAAGAGAGCAUGAACUUUUCAAAGUCUCUCAAUAGUGGAUUCGAAAGUCUUUACCUAAUAUCUAUAGAUGAUAUUUUAAAAUCUGUUAUUACUCCAUUCCCCACACAAACACUGUUUGAUCUCUGCUUAGCCAAACUGCACAGUAAACUGACCAUCCAAGAAUUUAAACACUAUCCCAGCCUUGUUGAAGUUUACUGUCUUUUGAUUGAGAGUCUUGCGAAUUAUAAGGUGAAAGUUACACCAUCUGCCAUUUUACCUAUUUCAUUGCUUCUCAUUGAUGACUACAACAAAGCAUAUAAACUGAAAGGUUUAAAAUGUUGUCAGACCAUUUUAAAGGCACAGACACAAAAAGAUUUUCUCAAUGGAAACUAUCAUGAAGUAAUUUACAUAAGUCUUGGAAAUGCUCUGAGGGAAAAGGACUUGGCUGUGACUAAAUUACUUUUGGAAUGCUUCAUGGAAUUUAUGAGGAUUCUCCCAGCUACUGAAAAGGUGGACACUAUGGAUAACAUAUUUUUGAAAGUGUUGGAAGAGAUGGCUACUGAAGCCAAUUUUGAUAGAAAGUUGGCUUACUUUGCAUUUUUGCAGAAAUUCAUUCCUAUUCAUGGCAUCAAUUGCGUGAAAAGAAAAAGAAGAUUGUUUGCAAUAAUAGUUGAAAAUAUAGACAUGUGUACAAAUCAGCCCAUUCGAAAAGUUAUGCUGGAUGAUACAUUGAAGUGUCUAAAAAUAUGGAUUCAAUACUGUUGGAGUGGUUUCAAGUACACUUCAGAUGCAAAACUUAUAUCCAUUAUGUUGAAAAUUAUGUAUGUGCUAGAAGACAAAGAAAGAAAACAUAUUGCAGAAACUGAGCGUCUUCUUGAGGCAUUAGUUCAUCUCAGCGGAAAGGACAAUGAAAAGCAAAUAGUAUUAUCAUUAACUGAUAUCUGUAAUAAAAACAAUAAGCUAAAGAAGAGGUUUGACAAAUUGUUAACAAAUUUGAAACCUACAGUGUAGUAAUUUUAUUAAUGUAAAAUAUGUAACUAUGUAUUAAGUUUCUCUGUAGAAAAUAAAGCUAUGUUAAUCAAUA